UGUAAAAAAUAUAGAUAUACCAUACACAGUAUCGUCUUUUCGUUUGUGGAUAUACCGUAGACUUAGUAUAAAGUAUACUUUAUAAUCUAAGAGAUAUAUUGUCUCUCUCAUUAUCUUUCUAAUCUAGCCUUUCUGUCAUUCUUUAGUUUAGAUAUCACAGACUUAAUAUAAUGUAUUAUCUAAAUUAAACAAAGUCUCUCUAAACUUAAUUGUUAUUUACGCCUGUCAUCAAUAAUCGUCGAUUUUGGUGAAGCGAAUGAAAAUAAUCCUGUUAUCUUUACAAUCUUAAAUCUAGUUUAAACAAGUAAACAGCUUCUAUAUAUCUCUACGCAUUAUUUGAUAGUUGUUUAUCUGAUCUCAUGUUCCAAACUUUGAGGUUAAUGUGCGCAGUUUGAAGUAGUAUAUAUUGUUCUGUGAUUGUCUGGUUUGCGUAGUCGGCAAUUAGCGUGUCUACGGCUUAUUGAAGAUUUAUAAAACUUCUUAAACCACGAUCAAAAAAUGAUUUCUCCAGCUGAUCUGAUGAAGCGCGUGGGCGUGGGCGGGCGGCUGGUGCCGUUCUUCAAGUCGGUGUGCGUGUACUUCGUGGCCGGCUGCGGCGCCACGCCCUCCGCCACCGCCGUCGCAGCCAAGUGCGCGCCCAUACUCUGUCUUCUCCUGGUCGUUCUGCUACAUCACGGCUCGGCCAUAACGCCGCAGGGCCGGUACGCGCGGCGCGUGGCGUGCGGGCUGGCGCUGUCGGCGCUGGGCGACGCGCUGCUGGUGUGGCCGCAGCACUUCGUGGCGGGCAUGGCGGCGUUCGCGGCCGCGCACGUGGCCUACAUCGCCGCGUUCGAGCUGCGCGCCGACGCGGCGGCGCUGGCGGCGCUGUGCUACCUGCCCACGGCGCACUACCUGACGCUGCUGCGGCCGGCGGGCGCGCUGCGGCUGCUGGUGCCGCUGUACGCCGCGCUGCUCGCCACCAUGGCGUGGCGCGCCACCGCCGCCGCCGCCGCCGCCGCGCGCGCGCCGGCCUCGCGCCGCCGGCGCGCCGCCGCCGCCGCCGCCGGCGCCGUCCUGUUCCUGCUGUCCGACGCGCUGCUCGGCUACAGCCUCUUCGCGGGGCCCGUGCCGUACAAACAGGUGCUGGUGAUGUCCACGUACUACCUGGGCCAGCUGGGUAUCGCGCUGAGUGUGCUGGAGACGCCGGCGGCGGCGACGGCGGCGGCCGGCCGCUAGCGGCCGCGCUGCCUGCGUGUCGUCCCCGCCAGCGAUGUCUUCCCGGGCGGCCCGGCGCUGAGCCACCGCCGCCGAUCCCGAACACUGUUCCUCUCAUCUGGAUAUGAAUGUGUAUUUGUAGGCGUACCUUUAGUUUAAGCUUUAUUGUUAUAUAAAUCUUCCUUUUGUAGAAUCGUACGAAUUAUGUAUAGAUAGAUCGUGACUCUCUAUCUUAAAUUGUUAUUCCGUUGUCAGUAGGCGGGUGUAGACGUUGUUUCGGUAUAGACGGUUGUUAUGAGGGAGUUGGCCUCCGUGCUCCGUAUGUAUGUCGGGGGCGGGACAGAGGUCUGCACAAAUAUUCAACUAUGUUGGAUGCGAUCAGUCUGUGAUAUGUGCUCGGUUACCGUGUCUUCUAAUUAGGUAUUUUAAAAAUGCUUUAACACCAUAUUCCAUAAAUAAUAAACGGAGAUAUGAUUACAAUUGCGCACGUGCCAAAUAUGUGCAAGGUGACGAGUGUCCCCUCUGGCUCUACAUCGGCUCCAAAAUGCGGACUGGACAUGAUUGUAGGGCUGUCUCCACUACUCACUACUCAACAUAUGAACGAUAGAUGCCAGCGUGUGUGUAGAUGUGGCCGCUGCAUACAAGUCCUCGUAAAGAUCUGUUUGUCAUUAUUCAGAGUAAUUGCAUAUGGAAUACAUUUGUGCAAUAUGCUAUAUUAUGGAAAAUCAUUAGGGCUCCAAAUUGUAUUGUCAUGUAUGUAUGUACAUAAGGACGAGCGGCGAUGACCGAGGCGGCUAUGUUUAUAGCCGUCGCGGCUCGCUGACCGCGCCGAACCAAUUCGUAACGCAGACCAACUGAAGUGUUCCUCAUCGUGUGACACACAAGACUGAAACACUAUAUUUUUAUACUGGCUUUGUUUACUCGUCAGACAGAAGGUCGCUAAUCACAAUUGAAUACGUGUGCACUGUGGCUGCAUGUCGUCUACACGGUAGACAUACCCACAGAGAUACGUACAUGUUCGGUUGCACGGCCGUUGACCGGCGGCCGUGUACAGCUGUUCCGAUUCACUUUGCCGCUUACGUAUACAACUAACCGAAGCGUAAACAAUAUUUUGAUAUUUUAACGGGCUCGUAAUUGUUAUAACUCGUGCGUCAGACGGUUGUAUUUAUGUGACGUCCGAGUCGUUGCCAACAUUGGAUGCAUUGGACGCAGCAAGUCGAGUCUUACGACGCAUGGGCCCAACGGUCUUUAUUCUCAAUAUUCUGUGAUUAGAUUAUAUAGAUAGAGCAGCGAACAUCAAAGACGGGUCAAACAUUUUGUUAUUUUUUUUUUGUCAGUAUUCUACAUACUUACGCAUAAAAUGUAUCUUUACGUAAUAUUUUAUAAAUAAAAUGAGUGUUUACGCAUUAAAAAAGAUGCAGAAUUUAUAAGACAAAAUAAAUAUAGAAGUUAUAAAGGAAUAGAAAUUGAAUAUUAAAAAGGAACUCAUGACUAUUUAUCACGCAAAAUUGUAUGAAAAAGUUGUCCCGUUUAUCUCGAAGCAUUUCUAUGGAGAUAGAGACUAUCAGACACUAUCUAUAUAAUAUAAGAUUUUAUGAUUAUAACUUUUAUUCUUUAAUUAUACAAGUUACUUGCCGCGUCAUCGUCCACUCUAGAGCCACUUACUCUUGUGCAUUCCCGAAGUGUUCAGUCCGUCAAAUUGUCCUCAAUGGAAUUAGGCCUCCCUCAUAAAUUGGGGGGUUUUGCCAAUAUUUACCGCAGUUACACUAUGAUGGUGUUUUGGGAGGAACGUUGCUGCCCAUCCCUCGCUCUCCCUCAGUGGCCUCUUACGACACCCAAGAGAUAGGAAGGGGUGGCUUAUUCUAUGUCAGGACCACACCGAAAUGGCUAUGGAUAAAUUACUCGAAAUUUUGAAUUCCUAAUCCCAAUGGUUUUGCUUCGAUAGCUCAGUCAGCGAGCCAAUUAAUGAGGACAUAUUUUUUUACACGUGUCGAGUGUACGGCGGCGUCCAUUACAGAUGUAUACACUGGCGGUCAAGUGGAUCGGAACGGCCGCCUUGUAGUUCGUGAAGCGCUAUAUUACUCGACACUCGCGUCGCAUCACGAUAUGCUGCAAUAUUUUUUAUGGCAAUUUACAGUAGGUGCAACUAUCUCGUCUUUUGAUGGAAUCUCCACACGUGUAGCGUAGUGUUUUACCAAAUAUAUUUUGUAAUAGAUAAAGCGGACAAACAUAUCUCGUGACCCUAUCAUUGUAGCUAAGUAGGUAGUUUAUUGGCACCGUGGACUAUUUGUUUUGUGUAGCCGUAGGUUGACCCUAGUGGUUAAUUCCGUAGCACGUCACGUCGACAGCUAUUGAAGAUGUAAAUUAUAAAUCGUUUAAGCAGAAUAUCUACUUAAAUACGUUCAUAGCGCGCUAAUGCAAGGGUUUUCAAAGUGAGAGUGCGCACAAAAGAGCGCAGCGACCAGCAAAAGGGACGCGGGCCAUCUUUAUGAGGAUAUAGGCCAAAUAUUAGAACUUUAAAUUUGAUCGAAACCUGCGUCGGGAGCGCUAAAUAAUAUAAAAGGAGAAUCUCGCGUGGCUUUGAGAACCUCUGCUCUAAUGUAUUCUUCCGUUUAUUGUAAAUGUAAAAGGGUUGCUGUCAAAUAAGAUCAUACGUCACGUUGCAUUGAUUUUUUUGAGUCAAGCCAAUGUGCGUCGGCGCCGCGCACGUGAGCCAAUAUUCGUCAGCCGAGCGCUGCCGAGCGCUGCCGAGCGCUGCCGAGCGCCGCCGAGCGCCGCCGAGCGGCAGCCGACAGCGAUCCCUGUUGCAGAACUUGGGACUAGUUAUAUAGGUGAUUUGUAUUUUAGAAGUGAUUAUUACAUGUUGUUUUAUGUAUAAAAUAUAUACUAUUUUAUUAAAUGUUUAUAUAUACUACUAUAAUGUAGAAUUAUACAUGUGCUGUGUAAUAAAUCAUGGGAAAUCA